GAAAUUAGACCAGCUAUCUUGGAACAAUGUCUUGAACGUAUUGGCGAAUAUGCUCGUCACAACGAUGCCAGUGUGCACAUGGCAAGAAUCGGUUAUGGUACAUCUCUUAAUUGGUAUACGGUAGAACGCCUCAUCAAAAAGCACAUCAGUGACCAUGGAGUACCGACUUAUAUCUACUACUUCGCCAAACCUCAUCGACUAUUACCUCUACCGUCACCUCAACAAACUCCACUUCCAGCAAAGCGAGCAAAUUCAUCUCCGAAUGGAUUCAGCAAGAGACCAAGAAAAGCGAAGGAUCCUGGAGAUCUUUCUGUUCAAGAUGAAGAUGUGACAGACGAAGAAGAGGAAGAAUCUGAAAGCAGUAGUGGUUCAAGUAGCGAAAGCGAGCAUGAUUGGAGUGAAGAAGAUGAGGAAGACGAAGAAGACUCAAGUGAAGAUGAUAUCUCAUCAUCUGAUGAAGAGAUUGAAGACGAAGAACUUGAAGAGUUGGAGGGCGAAGGCAUGACACGUCGUCAACUGAGAGAAGGUGGAAGCAGUAAGUCGAGGAAGAGAAGCAGGUAA